UGAAUCCACCACCUCUGGCAUAUGGGGCCAGCGCCCUACUCCUUUGAGUCACAGGCACCGCCCUUAAUUCUUUUUUUUUUUUUUUUUUGAGAUAGUCUCACUCUGCAGCUCUUGUUAGAGUGCAGUGUCAUCAUCAUAGAUUACUGCAACCUCAAGUGAUCCUCCUGCUUCAGCUUCCCAAAUAGCUGGGACUACAGAUGUACACCAUUAUGUCCAGCUAAUUUUUUUAUUUUUAGUAGAGACAGGGUCUUGCUCUUGCUUAUGGUCUUGAACUCCUCCGUUCAGGCAAUCUACUUGUGUUGGCCUCCCAGGGUACUGGGAUUAUAGGCGUGAGCCACUACAUCUGGGCAGAAUAUUUAAAAGUGAUUUCUUAAAGUAACAAAACAAAAUUAACCCAAUUCUGUGAUUUUUUUAACACAUGCUUGGGUUCCUAUGCCCACCACUAUAAUUGGGAUGCAGAGUUGUUACAUUACUCCAAAGGAAGUCCUAGUGCUGCCCCUGUGUACCCCACUCCUCUCAUCCCUAAUCUUUGGCAACCACUAAUGUGUUAUCCAUCACUAUAGUUUUGUCUUUUUUGAUAAUGUCAUAUAGGGCUGGGCGCCAUGGUUCACUCCUGUAAUCCAAUUACUCUGGGAGGCCAAGGUGGGUGGAUUGCUUGAGGUCAGGAGUUAGAGACCAGCCUGAAUAAGAGCGAGACCCUAUUUCAACUAAAAAUAGAAAAACUGAGGCUAGAGGAUCACUUGAGCCCAAGAGUUUGAGGAUGCUGGAGCUCUGAUGACACCAUGGCACUCUCUCCAGGGCAACAGGGAGAGUCUUAAAAACAAAAUAAAACAAUGUCAUAUAAAUGCAAUUUUACAGUGUGUACUUUUUUGAGGCAGGCUUUGUUUAUUUCUAAUGCUUUUGAGAUUAAUCCAAUUUAUUCUUUAUUAACAAUUCAUUCCUUUUUAUAAACUAUUAUUCCGAGAAGUUAUGCCUAACUUUUGCAGACAGGCUUUCACCACUUCAAAUGCCUUUGAGAGUCUCACUCUGUUGUCCCAGGCUAGAGUGCAGUGGUGUCAUAGGUCACAGCGACCUCAAACUGGACUCAAGCGAUCCUCUUGCCUCAGCCUCCUGAGUAGCUGGAACUUACAGGAGCCAUCACAAUGCCCAGGCCACAUUGAAUUUAAGUUGACUGAGAGACAACCAAGUGGACAUGUCAAGUGGCAGUGAUUAUGUGGAUCAGGAACUUCACCAAGGAGCAAGUGACAGAGUGGACAGAGAACAUAAUGAGUAUCCAGAGAAGACCUACCCAAGGACACCAUAAAUUGAAGGCCAGAAGUCAAGGCGGGAUAUAAGCGCUGGGUAAGCUCUGAGCAGAGGAGGCCCCAGCCUGACCUGCAGCAGUGCAGCCCUUGGGACUCCCCUUUGUCUUCACCUUUUGCUCAUCUUGCUUCUGAAGCUAUUGCUAUGGUGACGGUGCGUAGGCCGUGGCCUGCUAUGGCCACAGUGUUUCUGGCCCUGCUCGCCUGCCUGGGGGCGCUGGUCGACGCUUAUCCCAUCAAACCCGAGGCUCCGGGCGAAGACGCCUCCCCUGAGGAGCUGAACCGCUACUACACCUCCCUGCGCCACUACCUCAACUUGGUCACCCGGCAGCGGUAUGGGAAACGUGACAGCCCGGAAGCUCUUCUCUCCAAACUGCUCCUUCCCGACGGCAAAGACCGCCUGGUCAGGUAGCGGUAAAAGCACCUGCCUCACCACACACUCUACCUCCUGGAGCGCGGCCUAGUCCAGCCGCUCCACGGAAGCCCCACCCUGGCACUAUCACCUACGACUUCUCCCAGUCUCGCCUCCCAGAUCCAGUUCCCUUCUUUUCUCUCCAGCAGGUCAGAGGGCGGCGACAAGUGGUGAUAACCCCCAAGGCCUCCUGGGAGUUAUGCUAACUAAACGACCUUAUUUGCAUAUUUGCUUCAGAUCGCGGAACCUGGAUUCCCCUCCCAAACCCCCUGCGACUGGGGAGGGUUGAGGGUGAACCCCUCCGCUCAUUUCUCCGGGCCUGGCCUCCUAGAUUGGAGGACUGUGUGUGGUCCUUCGUUGGUCCCAAAAUAAAGAGCAAA